AUGGACCAAUACAAGACAGGCUCAGGUGGGGAAGAGGGGAGGGAACAUCAAGGUCCAUCACCCGAGGCAACUAACAUGGUGGUGGAGUGGUCACAAUGUCAUGAGACAAAAGGUGGGGCAAAUGAGUUCUCCCAAAGAACAAAUCCUAUGAAAUUGACAGACCCUGCAAGAUUGGAUCUCUGUACAACUACAGUUGAAGAGGGUUAG